AUGGGACAGGUUCUUUUAACUGGAUGUCGCUGUGUGGAGCUCGACUGUUGGGACGGUGAUGACGGUAACCCAGUUAUAUACCACGGACACACGUUCACCACCAAGAUACCGUUUAGAAAAGUGGUUGAGACCAUUGCAAGAAGUGCCUUCGUAACGUCUCCGUACCCUCUCAUCUUGAGUAUCGAGAACCACUGCAGCCUGCCGCAACAACAGGUGAUGGCGAGCACGUUUGAGGCAGUGUUCGGAGAGCAACUGGUGACGUCGUUUCUGUUCGAAAUCGAUUACACAGACGAGCCGCGUCUACCGAGUCCAGAACAACUUAAAUACAAGGUACUAAUUAAAAAUAAGAAGAUGCUACCGGUGGAAUCGAGUCCAACUGUGGGAAUUACCGGCGCCAGUUCAGCUCAAGGCUAUGGCGGAGUUUUAUCUACGGCUUUUAGGGCUAAUGGGAUUCGUCACACCAGUUCUUCAUUACCAGACGCGAGUAAUAGAACCAGUUCAAUCAUGUCGAACCAGUCGGCUGGAUCAUCACUCACGGAGUACUUUUCUGAUGAAGACUAUGAUGAAGAUGAUGAAAUCGACGAAAAAGAGCUGCAUAAGAUCCUGAAUUCUUUCGAAGAUAAAGUGGGUAGGACGUCUCUCUCGCUCUACCAGAGCUUCCGUAGGGGGGAGGGAGAGGGAGAGAACGCGGCAAUGAAACACGCAGCCAACAGAAAGAGAAGUAAUCAAAUAGCGAGAGAAUUAAGUGACAUGGUCACGUACGUUCAGGCAAUCAAAUUUCGGGGUCUUACCCCGUUGUCUCCUCGAAGUUCAGUCCGAGCUGCUCCCAAAGAACCUUCUGCAGCUUGCAGCUUCGAAUCAUCGGAAAGCAGUGACAGCGCUCAGAGCAAUAUGGCCCACCAGCGCGGUCGUUGUCUCAAUACGCCAGCGAUUCAUCAUCCUUGCUAUCGCUGUUCCUCGGUCAACGAAGCCAUUGCUAAGAAGAUUUGCAGGAAACACCCUCUGGCGCUGAUAGCUCACACUGAGACACAACUCGUCAGAACCUAUCCCGCCGGCCUAAGGAUAGACUCUUCGAACUUUGACCCCGUGACCUUCUGGUCGUGUGGCGUCCAGCUUGUGGCGCUGAACUAUCAGACAGAAGACGCCGCUAUGGCAGUAAACGCGGCCAUGUUUGAGACCAACGGCUGCGUGGGUUACGUCAGAAAACCAAAAGUCAUGUGGGAUUCCUCACAUAUAGCGUACAGAAGAUUCAAUCCUAUGGAUAAAGAGUUCGACGGUAUCCACGCUGCCCAUUUGACAUUGGCGGUCAUUUCUGGUCAAUACGUAGCUGAGAAUGUAUACUCGUUUUACAACGCGUACGUCGAAGUCGAGAUCCUUGGGGUGCCGGCUGACUGCAAGAAAAUCAAGACUAGGGUCGCUAGACGAAACGCACUCAAUCCGAUAUGGAAUGAGAAUUUUAAUUUCAAGGUUAACUUUCCUGAGCUGGCGUUCGUACGUUUUGAAGUGUAUGAUGCUGAUACCAACUAUAUGUUGUCUCAAAGAGUCAUACCGUUGCAGUGCUUACGGCCCGGGUACAGACAUGUCAGAUUGCGCUCCCCAACCAACCAGCCUCUGAACAUGGCGUCGCUUCUGAUCUUCUCCCGCGUGUCUGAAGAAGCGGCCGGAGAAUGUGCGAGGUCAGAUACUGAACCUGGUUCACCAGCGCUUAGAAGGAAGAUACACUUCGUGGUGGUACACGCGGUGGUUCUCCACGAACCCUACUCCAUAUUGAAGGUCACUCAGGAUACCACCACCAAUGAGGCAAUAGCCCAAUGCCUAUCGAAAGCGGGGGUCUGCAAAUCUGCCAGAGGGAACUACGUGUUGGUGGAGGAAGUUCCAUCAAGAACUCCUACGCAGAGAGUCUUAGCUCCUCAUGAGAGAGUCUUGAAAACCACAUCGAGACCUGGAGCCAAACUACUGCUUAAGAGAGUGGGUGACGACCCCAGCAGCAGAGCUUGGCUAACUAGCAUCAGGUCAGCGUCAACUGAUCGUCCUCGGGACACUGUUCCCUCGGAUGAAGAGGCCCAGGAGCAACGGAAACCAGACAGCUUCCUCGUCUGCAUUCACAAUGUAUGUCAUGAAAUACCAUACGCCAUACUAAAGGUACCAUUAAGUGCGACUGCCUCCUAUGUCAUUUAUCAAGCUUUAACGAAGGCGAGAUGUCAUGAUGAUCCUAAAAGAUUCGUGCUUGUUGAAGAGCUGGAAUGGGGCGGGCGAGCUGGUGCGGGCGCACAGCAACGGGCUUUAGCUGAUGAUGAAGUGGUUUACGCUGCACAAGCCAGUUGGAAGACUUUAGGCAGAUUCGUGCUGCAAGAACGAGGCAGCACCGCACCUCUCCCGCGACACCGCGCCUGCAUACAGAGAAUACAGAGAGGACUUAGCAUCACUAGAGGAGCAAUUACUGGUGCUGGUGGAUUUCCUCUUGGGGGUAUAAUGUCCAGUGAGAAUGUGAGUGAAGGAAAAACUCCAGUUCAGACGGCGUACAGCGACCCCACACAUUGCAGAAGGGUGUCGUCAACUCCAUUGGGAAAAGGUAUAGGAAGGGCAAAAGGUCAUUCGGACAAGGAUAUACGGUCAUAUAAUCAAAGGCGCUCCAGAGACGUUGAGCCGGAGGGUGAAGCUGGCGGUGUGAGCGGGGCGGGAGGCUCCUUGGGCGCGGAGGCUUUAGCGGCGCAGGUCGCUCGCUUCAAGAGAGUCUUCCGCCGGCUCGGCACGAGUCUGGCGAACCACAGGGCUUCACUCUCUUCAGAACUAGGCUCGCUGUGGGACUUCUUUAGGAUCGAUCGAGAAAGACGACGAUCAACGCCGCACUCUAUCGACCCCAUAGAAACUAAGUCACCAGCAAAAUUAGCUAGGGAUCUGUUCCAAGUGAUACAAGAAACUGUAUUCUCGAAGAAGUUUGAAGAGAAGCGAUGUCCUUUGGUCAAGGAAGAAUCUGAUUUGAGCUCGGACGAAGAAGAUGGUACGGAACGAAGGAUUGCUAAUUUAAUAGAUUUCUUCUUUACGAUAGUGAAAAGUCAAAAGGAGGAGCGAAAGGGCAGCGGCGGAAGCUGCUUCAAGAGCUCCAGCCCGGAAGAAGUGACUGCGUACGUGCCAAGAAAAAUUAACGUGGAAUUGGAAGAAAAAAUGGAAACUUUGAUAGAAUUCCUAGCUACGUCCGGCUGCGUUGAGAAAGACGAAACAGAAGAUAAGAAAAUAACACUCAUGGAAUUCUUAUUUGGUACGGACGAUAGGAAAUUCGAAAUGCCCAUGAUAGAAGUCAAUAAAGGCAUGAGUUUGACGGAGUCGAACGUUAAUGUGAAGAAUCUUACUUUUAUUGACGAAACUCCAGGCGAUGAGGGGAGCGAGACUCUUGUUGAAAUGCUGUUAAAAUACAUGGAUGACUACGGUUCAAAGGAUAAAGAAACACCAAAAAGUCUAUCCAUGACGCCCUCACUGUCAGAAAAAUCCAAAUCAGAUAUGACGAUAAGCAAAUUUGAAACUUUUAGUGAUAUAAGUAAGACCAAAUCCGAUUCGACAUUAACGCAGACUCAGGAUACCGUCAUAGAUAAUGAUAGGCCGAGGAGAGUGUCGGAAACUGUCAUAGAUUUGAGCUACAUUAAAUCAGAUUUGGAAGCUAUCUUCGAGGAAGCGGUACUUAGAGUCUGUGAGCUGAGAAUGAUAUUCGAAGACGAUACUAUGAGUGAACAGGAAGAUAUAGAAAAUUUCAACGCAUACACUAAACCACCUCAAAUCCAGUACAGCAUGCCGUUCAGCGUCGAACUAUCGGAUAUAAUAGAAGAAGACGAACCGUCUUCAAAAGGUUUAGAAAGAGAUAGAAUGUCCUUAAUACGAGAAUGCGCAGAAGAACUAAUAAAAUAUAUAGAAGAAAAAGUUAGUAAUUAUCACCUAGACGAUUCUUCUGGGCCAUCCACAGAAGAAUACAGCAGGGAAUUCGAUUUGAGUCCAAGCCACAAAUCUAUAAGUCUCGUAGAUUUACGUAAUAUACCAGAGCUACCGCCGAGCAUGAUUCUGAAGCCGAAAGUACUAAGAGUUGACAAAUCUACGUCUACAACGGAAAUUUCCGAUUCAAUAUCCGAUUAUUCCAAAAGAAUCGAUUCUGCGUGUAUGACGGAGAAUACCACGCUAUCAUCAAGCUCAGAGAGGAAUGAAAGAGCUUUGGAUAAGCUUGAAUCACUUCAUCGAUUCUUCUCCAGAUCUCGUUUGGAGAUUAUAGAUGAAAGUUUGGAGGAAAUGGAGAAACUUAAGAGUCCGAAGGUUGAAUAUAAAAGCACUGAUACGAAAACGGGUCAAGCGAGCCUUGACGAUGUAGAAGAUCUUGUUGAGGACAACGAUAGAACCGAAAAAGAUGAUAAACAAAACAUUGAAAUGGAAAAAUAA